AAAAUAAUGAUGAUGCUUUGCUGUAUGUGAGUGGCUUUAUUGUUUGAUCGCCUUUUUGCAAAUAUCUCCCUAAUUUUUGGCUCUAAUACACAUGCUUAUUCUCUCUGUCUUUUUUUCACUCAUUUUCUCGAUCAAAAACUGGUUUUCUCUCUUUGUUGAUCUCAUUGUAUCAUUGUUUUCUUAAAUGUCAUUAAAAAAACUUAUUUUUAACCUUGCUGUCAUGACAACAAAAGGCCAUAUUUAAUUAUAUCGUCAUGGCAACAGUUUCCACAGGACAAGUUCUCAUCCGAAAAAGGCAAGCGAGAGAAAGAGAGAAAGAGCUGAGUGUCAAACCAGAUGACGUGAAUCGGGCCUUGUUGUUUUUUGUGUCGUUUUUACCCAGCUCAUCGACUUGUUAGUGCAACCCUAAAAACUACCUUGACUACACAAAAAAGAAUGUUGGCCAGAGCAUUUGUACGAUCCUCGAGACUUACACGUCCAACCUUAAUGCGCCGUGGUGGUGGUGGUGGUACCCCCUCAUGGAACGAACCUGGAGGUUACCUUUUAAAUGAAAAGACCCGCGUCAAGGAAGAUUGGGAAAGCAUGUACUACUGGGGCAUGGGUGGCGGUUUCGCUUUGACCGCCGUUUUCUUGUACUAUAAGCCUGAUACCAGCGUUACCACCUGGGCAACCAAGGAAGCCGAGAAGACUUUGAAGGAGAAGGGUAUCAAGCUCGACUUUGAAAAGACCGCUUAAACAAUACAACCCCAAUCUUUGUAGACAGAGCACCAACCAGCACCACUACCCAACCCAACAUCAACAAUAACCCACCGAAUCACACAUAAUAAAAUAAACCCCACAUUUAUAUAUACAGAGGGAACUCAAAACUUUGAAAAAUGUAUAAAGGGGAAUGCUUUGGAGGUUUGGGAUGGAAGCGGUGG